AUGGGCUGCUGGGGGUUGGUUGUCUACGCUGCAACUUCUGCAAUUUGUUCUGCAAUCCUUCAGAAGUACCUUGAUCAUUUUGACCUAAGUAUUAAGAUCAUCUACAUUGUUGGGACUCUCUCAUUCUCCGUAGGAACAGCAGUGAUGGCCAUCUUCCCCAAUGUGUAUGUUGCCAUGGUGAUGAUCAGUACUAUGGGCGUGAUCUCCAUGAGUAUUUCCUAUUGUCCCUACGCGUUACUGGGGCAGUAUCACGAAAUCAAAGAAUACAUUCACCACAGUCCUGCCAACACAAGAAGAGGUUUUGGAAUUGACUGUGCCAUUCUAAGCUGCCAAGUGUACAUCAGUCAGAUCCUGGUGGCGUCUGCACUGGGAGCCGUGGUGGACGCGGUGGGCUCGGUGCGUGUGAUUCCUGUGGUGGCCUCUGGGGGCGCUUUUCUGGGCUUCCUCACUGCCUGCUUCCUUGUGAUUUACCCUGAUUUGGAGCAGCCACAGCAGCGGAUGUCUGAGAUGAUCAACACGCGCUCACCUGCAGCAUGUGACUCUCAUCACGUGACGCUACUGCAGUUCUGA